AUGCCUUCAUUAGCGACGGUGCCUCGCCGUCGACAGCGGAGCGAAGAAGAGGAGAGCGACGACUCGACAAGCUCGGCAGGCAACCCCACGCCCGCGUCGAGCAGCAGCAAACGGAUGCGUCUGGAAGCCCACGACGAGCAAGACACAGAAGAUACUGGUAGCGGAACAAGCGAUGAGGAGGACGAGGAUAGCGACAAUGUCAACGGCACUUCGAAGCUAUCCAAGAUCGCGAAACGCCGCAGCCCGCAACUGACGCAAAACGGAGACCACAAUGGAGCCGCCGCGCAGGAUGGAUACAAACCCGGCGCGAUUGUACGCAUCAAGGUCACUGAUUUUGUGACAUAUACGUCUGCGGAGUUCUUUCCCGGCCCGAAACUGAAUAUGGUGAUUGGGCCGAACGGAACGGGGAAGAGUACGCUUGUUUGUGCGAUAUGUCUGGGUCUGGGAUGGGGGCCUGCGCACUUAGGACGUGCUAAGGAACCCGGCGAAUUCGUGAAGCACGGUUGCAGAGAGGCUACCAUUGAGAUUGAGCUCGCGGGAGGACCCCGUUUUCGUCGAAACCCGGUCGUGACUCGGACGAUCAAACGCGAUGGCAACAAAAGCUCGUUUACUAUCAAUGGGAAGGCUGCGUCGCGCACCCAGGUGCUGAAGCUUGCGCAGUCGUUCUCCAUUCAGAUCGACAAUUUAUGUCAGUUUCUACCGCAAGACAAAGUCAGCGAGUUCGCUGCUCUUACGCCCAUAGAACUCCUCAACUCCACACAGAGGGCUGCGGCCGGUGGAGAAAUGAUUGCAUGGCACGAUAACCUGAAGGAGUUGAGGGCCCAACAAAAGAAACUACAAGCGGAUAAUAAAGGCGACAGGGAUCUACUGGCUAAUCUCGAAGGGCGACAAGAAAUGCAAAGGGCGGACGUGGAAAGAAUGCGACAAAGAGCUGAGAUCAAGAGGAAGAUCGAGAUGUUGGAGCUGGCCCGGCCCAUGGCGAAGUACAGGGCAAUGCACGUCGAGUUUAAGGAGUUGAAACGGCGGAAAGAGGGCCUUGCCCUUGAGCUCGAAAACCUCAAGGCUGAGCUAGAACCUGCUUUGAGGGCAGUCAAUGCGAAACAGCGGUAUUGUCUACAAGUCGACGAAGUCGUCAGUUACAAAAAGGCGCGUGUUGAGGAAGCAGAACGUACGGCUUCAGAAUUAGGGAAGAAAAUCGAGCAAUAUGAAGAGAGAAUGAAAGAUCUAGAUCGCGAAAUAGAGUCGGAAAAAAGGAGCAAUGCCCAUUCGAAACAGGAAGGGACGAAAAUUCAGCAGACCAUUAACAAACUCAAUCGCCAAUUGGCUGAAGAGGCCAUUGAGUUCGAUGCGGAUUGGUAUAAUGAGAAAAUUAGAGAGAAGCGGCGACAGAUGCGGGAAACUGAGGAGAAAGCAAACGAAAUCAAAGAUAGACGAAGGCCACUUUUCGAAGCCUUAAAGGAGAAAACCGACAAAGUCAAGGAGUCGGAACAACAUCUGCAGAGACUGGACUCUCAGUCGGGACGACAAGAAGAAAAACUGAAACAGCUAUCAUACGAAACAUACAAGGCUUAUCAGUGGAUCCAGCAGAAUCAGGACAAAUUCGAAAAGGAAGUGUUUGGCCCUCCCGUUGUCACCUGCUCUGUAAAGGACGCUAAAUACGCUGAUGCUCUCGAAUCGCUGUUUCAACGGACUGAUCUCAUGGCAUUCACCGUACAGUGUCGCAACGAUUUCAGGACGCUGCAAAGGGAACUGAAUAUCGGGCAAAAGCUGCAUGAUAUCAGUAUCAGGACCAGUUCUGUUCCCUUGGAGAGAUUCCGUCCUCCCAUGUCUGAGGACGAGGUUCGGAGUCUUGGGUUCGAUGGUUGGGCGAAAGAUCUCAUCAAUGGACCAGACCCGGUUAUCGCCUCACUUUGUAGCGAGAAUCGACUGAACCAAACACCUAUCGGCCAUCGAGAUAUCACGGACGAAGAGUUUCGCAGAAUGGAACAGGGAUCGAUAUCCUCCUGGGUGGCUGGGAAGAAAAGCUACACCAUCUCGCGACGAAAAGAAUAUGGUCCCAAUGCGACUUCCACCCGUGUGAGGCAAGUGAGGCCAGCAAGGGUGUGGACAUCUCAACCCAUGGAUGCAUCCGCGAAGCAGGAUCUGGUUCAAAAUAUUCAAGCUCUCAAGGAGGAAGUGCGCGAGUUACAAGAAAAGAUAGACAUGGAGAGGGCAAAUCUAGUCCAGCUUGGUCAUGAUCAUGAUGAAUGUGAACGGGAACGGCUUGAACUUGAGAGGGAGAAGUCCGAAAAACAGACGGCUCUUACAAACUACCGAGCUAUUCCCGAAAGAAUUCGCCAGCAGGAACUCCGGAUGAGAGACAUCCAAAGGAUUUUCCAAGAAGUAAAAGCCAGGGUUCUUGAUAUUCGCAGUCGACAGGACCAGAUAUCCAUUGAGAAAGCCGAAGCGACACUUGAAUACGCUAACGCGGUCGACCAUCUUCGAGUACUGCACGAGGAACUUAUCCAGUUAAAGAUCCGCCAUAUUGAGGCCUUCUCCGACGUAGAAAUUUUGAAGGAUCGCAAUACAGAACACAGAGACAGAUUGGAAGCUAAAAAUGACGAGCUGAAAGAGGCAGUGCAGGAAGUGAAAACCAUGUCGGCAGCCGUCAAAGAAAUGAUGAAGCAGGCAAACAAAGUUGUAUCACUGUCGGCGCGUCAGCCCGACUUGGCUGCCUUGCUCGCCACUUUGGUCGAUCAUACUGUUGACCAACUCGAAGCAGAUAUCGAUUCGGAGAAGGCUCGCCUGGAGCUCACGCAUGGUGGGAGCAGCAACAUUAUUAAAGAAUUCGAAGAACGAGAAAAACAGAUACAAAAGCUGCGUGGCAAGCUCUCUGAAUUUGAGACUCAACUCGCGGAGUUUGACCACGCCAUCAACGAAAUCCGCGGGAAGUGGGAACCCAAGCUCGAUGAGAUAAUAAAGAGCAUAAGUGACGCUUUCUCCGAUUCGUUUGCCCGCAUUGGCUGUGCCGGCCAGGUCACAUUAGACAAAGCAGAGGAUGAAGCAGGCGCCGACGGUGAGCCUGGAGGCAGCGACUUUGAUCAGUGGUCCAUCCAAAUCCACGUCAAGUUCCGAGAACACGAGAAUCUCUCCCUCCUCGACUCUCACCGCCAAUCAGGCGGCGAAAGAGCCGUGAGUACGAUCUUCUACCUGAUGGCUCUGCAGUCGCUUUCCGCAUCUCCGUUCCGCGUCGUAGACGAGAUCAACCAGGGUAUGGACCCGCGCAAUGAACGAAUGGUACACGGACGCCUGGUGGAUAUUGCCUGUGCCCCCUCCGAAAAUGGAGGUGGCGGCCAGUACUUCCUCAUCACGCCUAAACUGCUCAGCGGAUUAGUCUAUAAGCCAGGCAUGAGGGUCCUCUGUAUCUACAGCGGCGAGCAUAUGCCCAAAGACUACGAGCAGCUUGAUUUCGGGCAAGCCGUUCAAAGAAUGAGGGCUAUACGGGAUCGAAGGGCCGAGGAUACUACGCAGAGGAGUAACGGCCAUGUUGACGUCUUCGGUUGA